AGCAGAGCGCAGGCGGAACGGGCGCACUUGGGUUAGUGGAGCCUAAACUGAGUGAGAUUGGAGCGUGACAGGAGCAAGCAGGCAAAACCCGCUAGUUUUUAAUUUAAUUUCAUAUUUUUCGGAAUUACGUGAAAGAAGAUCAAGAUCACUCGGAUUCCUGCUAAAUUAUUUUUUCUUCUUUAAUUUCAGUUUAGGGAGGGCGCGUGCGUGCGUGGAGCUCCAGGAUCGGGAAAAUCAAGGCGAGGGAAACUUUUAGAAACAGCGGAAAAGUGAAAAAAAUCACUGGAAAUCCUCUGCUGUUGAACUGCUUAUGGAUAUUUUUGUGACUCGCUGGUCGUGAAUCAGGACUGACUUUCAGGGACAAACAACGGUCAUUUGGGCACUCCCAGGAAUCCAGGAAAAAUAUAAACCUCUUCAAUUUGUUCAAACUACCAUACACUUUUUUAAAGAGGCAGAUCCCAGUGAUUAAUUUGCUGGUUUAAUCUCUGAUGGACUCCCACCCUCUGGAUUUAUUCCCUUUUUGGACCAAAGAAAGUUGUGCGCUCGCGCUGCCGUGACAUAACGGGACAGAUGGAAAAUCAGCGGCACUGAAUAUUUCAGGGUCGAGAAGAUGAAGGGUGUUCUUUGUUGAUCGGAGGAGUUUCCACCAUCAACGUUCAUUAAAAGCAUUUGUUUGUUUCUUUGCCCUCCAUGGUGGAGAUAUGGGAUGACUGGAGGCGGAGGUGCAGCUGAGGUGAGAACCAGGCGGAGGACAAUGUUUGCCUUUGGCAUCCCUUGGCUGCCGGGGCGUCUGGUACUGAUGCUGCUCCUGCUGUCCGCCUCCGAAACAAGACUGUCCCAGGCUUGUCCCGGGCUGCUCGCCGCCACCAGCGGCUGCAGCUGCUCGGAGGAGCGCUCCAAGGCGCACGGCGUCCAGCCCAUGGGGAAGAGGGUCAGCUGCAGCAAGGAGGAGCUGGUGGAACUUCCGGAUGGCAGCUUGUUCCCCAACAGAACAGUGACCCUGAUACUGAGCCACAACAAAGUUCGUGUUCUGAAAAGUGGAUCCUUUGUUGGACUUUCUUCUUUGGAGAAGCUGGACCUCAAGCACAACCUAAUCAGCACCAUCGUGCCUGGAGCUUUCCAAGGCCUGUCUGAGCUUCGGAAACUCGACCUCUCCAACAACCGCAUCGGCUGCCUGACUGCAGACAUGUUCCACGGGCUGACCAAUCUCACUAAACUCAACCUCUCUGGAAAUAUCAUAUCGACCCUGGAGCCAGGAGUGUUUGAGGAGAUGCCGUCUCUGAAAUUAGUGAACUUCAACUCAGACUACCUGUCAUGUGACUGUGGGCUGCGUUGGGUGCCGACCUUCUUUCGCAGCAGCACGGCGCGGUUAGGAGAUGAAACGCUGUGUGCCUAUCCCAGUAGCCUGAGGGGAAUGCCCCUUCGUGCGCUGAAGGAGAGCCAGCUGAGCUGUGAAGGUCCACCGGAGCUGCACACCAUGUCCCUGCUGCCAUCCCAGCGUCAGGUGGUCUUCAGAGGAGACCGGCUGCCCUUUCACUGCACUGCUGCCCUUGUGGACAAGAUCACCAGCUUACACUGGCGCCACAACGAUCAAGAGGUGACAUCCAACCCAGACAAGGGUGUCCAGCUGGAGAAUAAUGUGGUGCAUGACUGUACCUUUAUCACCAGUGAGCUGAUACUAUUCAACGUCCAUGUGGAGGCCAGUGGGGAGUGGGAGUGUGUGGUCACCACUGGGCGGGGCAACACCUCCCGCACUGUUGAAAUAGUAGUGCUGGAGAACAGCGACACCUUCUGUCCUGAAGACAAAAUCAUCAACAACCGUGGAGAGUUCAGGUGGCCGAGAACGGUGGCAGGCAUCACCUCUCAUCAGUACUGCCUGCAGCCGCAUCACCCCUCCCUGACAGUCGAGGGGGAGCGGGAGCAGAAAAGAGCGUCUCGGUAUUGUGACCGCUCUGGAAAGUGGCAAGAGGGCGACUACUCAGAGUGUCACUACACCAACAGCAUCACUCGUGUUCUGCACACUUUCAUCCUGAGGCCGAUCAACGUGUCCAACGUUGUGACUGUGGCCCAUCAAGUGCAGACCUACACCCUGGAGGCUGCGGGUUUCACCGACUCUGUGGAUGUGCUGUACGUGGCGCAGAUUAUGGAAAAGUUUAUGGAAUAUGUCAAACAGCUGAGAGAGCUGUCGGAGAUAAUGGUUGAGAUGGGGAGCAACCUGAUGCAGGUGGAUGAUCAGAUCCUCACUCUUGCCCAGAGGGAAAAGAGAACGUGUAGCUCCAUCAUCUACUCUCUGGAGACUUUGGCCUGGCCUCAGCUGCACACUCACGCUCAGGACUUCUCUGUGGUGUCUAAGAACAUUGUGAUGGAGGCCCACCUAGUUCGAACAGCUCAUUUCACCGGCAUGACCUGCACUGCGUACCAUCGUCGUAAAACGUCUCUAAAUCGGCCUGGAGUGGAGCUGACAGACCCCACCAGUGAACAACAGCUUCAUUUCCGCUGCAGCACUGGCUCCCAUAACACCUCCCUCAAUAAUUUCCCCCUGAAGAACUCCGUAGCUCUGGCUUCUGUGACUCUUCCAGCCACUCUAUUUCCACCUGAUGCUGCGGCUGAUUGUAAACUGCAGUUUGUAGCUUUCCGAACAGGAAGCCUUUUCCCUCUGUUACUAAACUCAAGCAACAAGGUUGAACACUCCAGCAGAAGAUGUGUGAACUCUCCCGUCAUCUUUGCUGGCCUUAAUGGUUGUAACAUGUGGAACUACUCUGAGCCGAUCUGGGUGUCCCUGCGUCACUUGUCUCCCGGUUCAGAUGCAGUGGCAGCUCAGUGGAUGCCGAGGGGACCUGAGAGUCAGGGAAGCUGGAGCCAGGAGGGCUGUCAGCUUGUCCACAGUGACAGAAGCACCUCAACAAUACGCUGCUCCGUCCUCAGCAACUACGCGGUGCUUCAGGAAGUGCCUGACUUUCCACACCCCAGCCUGAUUGCUGUCAGAGUGCUCCACCCUGUGGUGUAUGCAUGCACUGCAGCACUCCUGCUCUGCCUCUUCACCAUCACCAUCACACACAUACUGCAUCACAGUUCAAUCAUCAUAUCAAGAAAGAGCUGGCACACAUUGUUGAAUACCUGUUUCCACAUCGCCAUGACAACGGCUGUUUAUGCAGGAGGCAUAUGCUUAACGAGCUACCCUCUAGUCUGUCAGGCGGUGGGCAUUGCUCUGCACUACUCCUCCCUGUCUGCGCUGCUGUGGAUCGGAGUCAGUGCCAGAGUCAUUUACAAAGAAGCUGUGUGGAGAACGCCUCGACAGACGGAUGGAGAGUCCCCAGUUCCACCUACUCAGCGACCUAUGCUCAGGUUCUAUUUAAUAGCUGAUGGCGUUCCGCUUAUUAUAUGUGGAAUCACUGCAGCUGUCAAUGUAAACAACUACGGAGACAACAGCCCUUACUGCUGGCUGGUUUGGCGCUCCAGCCUGGGGUCUUUCUUUGUCCCAGCUGGCUUGGCUGUGCUGGUGACCUGGAUUUACUUCCUGUGUACAGUGUUUCGCCUGAGGCACCGUGUGACCAAGGAAUGCAUAGGAACCACCCUGACCUCUCCUGGGACUGAAGGCCAUCCUGCACUGGCAGGAAGCACCAGCCUGCUCUCCACUGACUCUGUGGGGGGACCUAUAACCCCAGUUGUGCCUCCAGAGGAUCAGUACUCACUGAAGACUCAGUUCUCUGUGUUGGUAGCCACCCACUUCCUGUUUGUGGCUCUGUGGUGUUGUGGAGCCAUGGCAGUGUGGCUAUCAGGUCACACCAGCUUAUUAUUCAGCUGUCUCUAUGGGAUAGUCACAACAGUGUUGGGGGUGUUUCUGGUGGUGCACCACUGCUUCCGACGUCUUGAUGUGCAGGCGUCAUGGCUGGCUUGUUGCCCCGGCUAUCGCCACUCUCAUCCCAUGUCUGCCUACACACACACCUGCACAGCUGGAAGUGGAGUGCAGACCUCUGAGCAAGGAUCUCAGCUCUACAUCGGCUGCCAUCCACCCGUUGACUCUCAUAACUCCUCCUCAGCCAGGUCAUCAUCCACACCGAGCGGGAUCAGUAAUGUUGGACCUGGGCCUUGCAAGCUCACCAACUUGCUGCAGGUUGCACAAGACAAUCCAAGCAACACGUCACGGGCUCCAACAAGCAACAACACAAGCACUAGUACCGACAACCUCACCAAGCCAACAAACAAUGUUCUGCCAACUAUGAACUCAUCAGCACCUGUACAUCCUCAGCGAAGGAAAAUCAGUAGCAGAACUAAAGGGAACAGUCAGUAUUAUCAUCGGGGUGAGGGCAGAGGCCACUAUCGCCUCAAAGCUCUAAGAACUGCUGGAGGUGGCGGUAGUCUAGGAACUUUAGGGCCUACAGGUUUGGAGCACCUCUACUCAUCACAUGCUGUUUACAAGCAGGCCACGAGUGAGAAUGGUAGCAUUCACCACAGCCUCUCAGAGAACCAGGCCAGCCUGCUGACAAAUGGGAAGCGGGUGGGGGAAUCGGUAGCCACUAGCCCCUCCGAGGGAAGUGAUGGGGGCAGCAGCGGGAGCCGCAAACCCUUCCCUCUGCUGCCUUCUGCUGCCAACAGAGUGGCAAUGCAUGAUGCUCAGAGACGAUGCUCCAGCAGAGACAAUUUAAGAGCAUCUGCAGAGCGAGAAACCAAGCGCUGCUCCUACCCUUUGAACAGUGUCACCACCGCUGUGCCGGGGGCCGCUGCCCCAAACGGCACCCUGAAAACCUCUGUGUUAGAGCUUGAGCAGGACGUGAGCAGCACAGACCAGUCCCAGUGCUCUGUUGGGAUGAAGAGCGGCUUGUGGAAAAGUGAAACCACAGUGUGAAGCACAGUAGAACAUCAAUGCAUUACCUGAAGAAAAAGACUUGGUUGUGUUCUAAUGGUGUCCUAAUAAUUAUAUAAUUUAAGAUAUUAUCAUACCAUGGAGGCAUCCAGGACCCUAAACUGGUACUUUUGCCUCUGUAGUGUUGUUUGUUUGCUGUGAAACAAUAUUGUUGUUUUCAAUCAUAGAUUCACUUUUAUUUUAAUCGCUUUACAAAAAAAUGUACCAGACAUUUUUUGAAGUUGGCAUGCAUAUUUGCAUUUGGUUGUUUAAUGAAAGCUUUACUGUUUUAGUUGUAAUUUCUCCUAUGCAAAUCAACUCUAGCAUAAAAUGGAUUACAGUGUAAUCCAUUCACCAAGUACAGCUAUAUGCAUUUAAUCUGAGGGCAAACGUUCAUCUGUGAGUUUGCUCUAAGUGAUUGUUUAUCUAUGCUAAUAUAUGUGCAUUUAUGUUGCUGUGCCUUUGUGUGUGCGUGUGUGUGUGUGUGUGUGUGUGUGUGUGUGUGUGUGUGUGUGUGUGUGUGUGUGUGUGUGUGUGUGUGUGUGUGUGUGUGUGUGUGUGUGUGUGUGUAAUAAGAGAAAACUCACGAGUGUGGCUGUACAGAAUCCCAGAGUGAAUUAAAAUUGCUAAGACUUUUGAACUUUCAGAGCUUUCCCUUUUUUCUGAUCCAACCUCCAUUAAGCCAAAGGGAGAAAAAGAAAGAGGCAUGACACUUUGACUACCACCAGAAAACUGACUGUCUCCUAUGGACAACAGGAACACCUUCAGUAAAAUUUAGGGAUUACAAAUUGCUUCAAAUGAAUCCCAAUAAUUUUUGUGUCAUGGCAGUGGUGUUAAAACUUCUCCAAAAAUAUCAACAAAUUAAUUAUUAUGGGGCAGCAGUAGCUCAGGUGGUAGAGCGGGUUGCCUCAUGAUCGGAGGGUCAUGGGUUCAAUUCCAGCUCCCGCCAGGGGUAUCCUGCUGUUGUGUCCUUGGGCAAGAAACUUCACCCAACUUGCCUGUGCUAGAGGUGGUCAGAGGGGCCGACGUCGCCAAAUGGCAGCCUCGCCUCUGUCAGACCUCCCCAGGGCGGCUGUGGCUACAAGCAGCCUACCAUCACUAGCAGUGUGUGAAAGUGUCUUUGGGGGUCUUGAAAAGCACUAUAUAAGUUCAAUGCAUUAUUAUUAUUAAUGAUAAAAAGGCCACGCAUCUGUUGUUUUACCAGAAAACUUUGUCUGUGGUAACUUGCAUAGACCAAUGAUGUACUUCUGCUUUUAAACUGUCUGAUACACCAGCAAUUUAGGAAAUUACUCAAAAAGGAAAUAACAUUUACACCAACAACACGUUGUCUUAGUUUUCCCCUAUUGUUCUUUACUGCAAUCUGGUAAUGUUGUGUGUUUAAACAUGUUCAGUCUGUUUCACUGCCAUUCCCAACCAGGAAGUUACUGUGACUCAUUUUCUAAUGGAAACCUAUUUUAGGCUCUGACAGACUUGUUUUGUCCAUGAUUCAGAAUAACUAAUACAGUUUGUCCAAAAUGUUUAA